AGAAGCGCGUGCCACCUUCACCUGAAGGCUCCCACACUUCAGUGGACUCGUGAACGCGCACGGGCUAGCAGACAGCAGGGGGGUGGCGUGUGCCCGUGCUUCUCUGUGAGUGUCACACGGACUCGGGCCUUUGUUUGUUUUGCCUGCACACGCGCCGUUAUGUAACGUCCGCGAGGGCAGAGCGGCCCAAUGCGCGCGGGGCCGGGGGGGAGGCAGGAAGCCCUCGUUUCGCGCGGCUCCGGUGGUUUCAUCCGGAGUUUCGGCACCAGAGCAGCGGGAGCGCGCCUGAGUGGAUAAAGAGCGAACCGGAGCCUCGGCGACGCGCUGUCGGACCGGCUCCGUGUUUGGGUUCGCCCCGCCCCCCCCCCGCCACUGCGGGGCUUUUGGUACAGUCCGCAGCGCGUCAGCCAUUGUUUACAAAUGAACUGAGAGAGCAGCGAGGACACCGAGCACCCACACAGCACCGACCCGCAGCAACACAAAGAAGGACCGGACGGAGGACAGCCGCCAUGCCGUGCCGGAAGCAGGAUUACCUGCUGUUGGAGCAGUCGGUGACCGUGGACUCGGCCGAGGUGGACGCGCUGGUGACGCGGAUCGGAGAGGCGCUGCAGCUGCACGGCUCCGCCCAGACGUCGGUGUCGGUGAGCCGUCUGCACGGCCUCGCUGGCGGCCCCGGGACCAAACCGGCGGCCGGCGGCGCGGGGGCUCCAGCGCAGGCGCGGACCAGCUGCUGCAUGCGGCUCCGGAGCCGCCGGGGGUCGCGGGCUGCCGGCAGGCCAAGCCCGUACGGCGUGCCCAGCUCCGGAGACUCGGACUGGGACCGGAUCCGCCCCUGGAACCGGAAGCGGCUCGGCGGGCCGGAGGACGACCCGCACCGGCUGCUGCAGGAGCUGCUGCUCUCCGGGAACCUGAUCAAGGAGGCCGUGAGGCGCCUGCAGCUGUCCGCGGACUGCGGGGACUGAGCCCGGGCACCGGGCACGGACUCACACCUGAGCCGCUCACCGGAAACUCUUCUCGGACUUUUUCUAAUUUCUUCGUUUGGUCGCGAGGCCGGCAGCUAGCUCAGCCAUGCUAAUGAUGUUUAUGUUUGGGGGGGGGUGCUCACCUUGACGCCAGGUAAAGGUGAGGUUGCUAUGAGGCACACAUGUGGCUGCUCUCUGCUUCACGUGGACUCAGAGACAAGAAGUGAGCAGCUGGGCUUGUUUACAGUCUCAUGGUGGGGUUUUACCUGCACAGGUAGGGGGCCGGGACUGCCCUUCAGGCCUGUGUGGGCUCAGGUGCUCUCACCUGUGGGAACUCCCAGCAGGAGUUGUGUUGUUGUACUUUUUGUUGUGUGAAGAAUGCCUCUGCUCCGUACCGGAGUACCUGCCGUUCCUGAGUAUUCAGGCUUUUGUUGUCUUAAUAAACUCACCUGUUUUUCCA